AUGAUAGGAGACGAAUAUGACUUACACAAUUCACCAAAUUUAAUACAUUGCGAAGGUUGUUUUAGAAAUAUAAGUAAAAAGAAAGGAAAAAAGGAAUGUCUGAUUUAUAUAAACAAUGACAUUAGUAGAAAAAUAGAAAAACGAAAAGAAAAUGAAUUCAUAAAACCUUACGAAACACUUAAUAACAUCUUAGAAAAGAAUAUCUGGUUGAAAAACCAAACAGAAGAAGAAAGAGUCGAUAUAUUUUAUAAUAAGAAAAUCGAAAUUAUAGAUAAUAUAAUAAAAGCGAACGAGGAAUUUAUAAAUAUUAUGAAAAAUAGUAUCUUCGAAAGAUCAGAUUUAGUAAAUGAUAUCAAGAAAUUUUUUAUUAUAAUCGAAGUUUCAAAAAAUAAAUCGAUAGUAGACGAUAAAGGUAAACGAUCAAGUUUAUACAGCAUAGCUUGGAAAAUCAGGAAUUUUAAUAUAAACAAUAGUGACGACGAGAUAUUUUUUAUGGCAAAAUACGAAAGUGUGGUGGAAAAUGAAUUUAAAAUAAUUUUGAGAAGUUUAAUUUUAGGACUAAUGAUAAUAACAGAAAAUAGCGAAAUAAUUUUAGGAUUAAAUGAUAAUGUAGUCAAAGUAAUUUUAGAAUUUAUUAAUAAUUGUAGCAAUAGACGUAAAAUAGAUAGCGAUUAUUAUUUAGAAUUACUUUUUAUAGAAAAUUUUUUGGAAAAAAAUGAGAUACAAUUAUUGGAAGUAGAUGAGAAAAUCUUAGAUAAUGUCAUAGAAUUAAAGACAAAUUUAAAAGAACUUCUAAAAACCAAAUCCAUUACAGAUAUGAUAAAAAAUGAGUUCGAAUUAAUAGAUGAGGCUUUAGUGGUAAACGAAUUCAAUUUGAUAUGGAAAAAUAAAAUUAUAACAGGAGGCCUUAGAACAUGGCGGAAAAAAAUUACGAACGCUAUUUGGAAAAACGAAAUAUUAAAUAGCGAAAAACUUGAUGAUCUUUUUGUAUACAAUUAUAAGAAGGAAUUUGAUUGGGUGUCUACUUUAAAUUUUAUAAGUAAUAGAAUUAAUUUUUCCACAAGGCAAUGCGGUGACAAAGACACGAGAGAACGAUCAUAUAGAAUCAAGAAUAUGUUGAGAGAACUUCCAACAUAUAGUAUUUUAUACAAAAGAGAUACGAAUAAAAUAAAUUCACCAAUUUGUAUAAGAUGUGGGAAAGAAGAAGAGGUUUGGGAACAUGUUUGGGUUUGCGAGGCCAACGAAUUCUCAAUCGAUGAAAUAAUUCAAGAAUCACCAUAUAGAUUUGAAUUAGAACUAGAAGCACACGGCAAAAAUAAAGAGAUAGAAAUACUUAGAGAUCAUCUCUGUAAUUUUUUAAUGAUACUCGAAAGUCCUUCAUUAAUAUUACAAGGAAAAAGUAGAAAAUGGGAAUUGAUCAGAGGAAUUUUCAACGAUAAAUUUAAUGACCUAUCAAAAAUAAAAGAAGAAAAGACGACGAUUAAAGAACUUUGGAAUUUUAUAUACGACGAAUUAAAGAAAAGAAUUUGGAUACCACGAUGCGAAGAAAUUAAAUUUCUAGAAGAAAAGGAAGGGAUAACAAAAUUGGAUUUGAAAUUAAGAAAGCAGAAACUGAAAGAUGAUCAUAACGAAGAAUCAGAAUUAGAAAAAAUUAAAAACAACAAAAAUACAAAAACAAAAGAAAAUAAAAAUAAAAACAAGACAAACAAAAUCAAAAAUAAUCAAAUUAAAAUAGUAACUUUGGGAAAGUUAACGAACGCAGUAACAGAUGGUUUAAAUAUAGAUAAAAUUUGGGAUACAUCAACGAAAUUACCAUUUUAUUAGAAUAGAAAAUUUUACAUAGUUUUAUUUCAAGCACUAAUUUUUAG